AUGGCCGCGCUCAAGUACGCGGGGCUGGAGGACACGGACAGCGAGGAGGAGCUGCCGCCGGGCUGGGAGGAGCGCACCACCAAGGACGGCUGGGUUUACUACGCCAACCACCUAGAAGAAAAAACACAGUGGGAACACCCUAAGUCUGGGAAGAGGAAACGUGUUGCAGGAGAUCUGCCAUAUGGAUGGGAGCAGGAGACUGAUGAAAAUGGACAAGUCUAUUUUGUAGACCACAUAAACAAAAGGACUACCUACCUUGACCCAAGACUGGCCUUUACAGUAGAAGAUAAUCCAGUAAAACCUACUACUAGACAAAAAUAUGAUGGGAACAGUACUGCAAUGGAAAUUCUCCAGGGUCGAGACUUGAGUGGGAAAGUGGUUAUAAUCACAGGAGCCAAUUCAGGAAUAGGUUUUGAAACUGCCAAGUCCCUUGCCCUGCAUGGGGCGUGUGUUAUCCUGGCCUGCAGAAGUUUGGCACGAGGCAACGACGCCGUGCAGCGCAUCCUGGGGGAGUGGCAUAAAGCCAAGGUAGAGGCAAUGACCUUAGACCUUGCUUCUCUUCAGAGUGUGCAGCACUUUGCUGAAGCAUUCAAAUCCAAGAAUCUGCCCCUCCACAUCCUGAUCUGCAAUGCUGCUGUGUUUGGUGUUCCCUGGUCCUUGACAGAGGAUGGCCUGGAGUCCACGUUCCAGGUGAACCACCUGGGACAUUUCUAUCUUGUGCAGCUCCUGGAAGAUGUUUUACGCCAGUCAUCCCCUGCCAGGGUUGUCGUGGUGUCCUCUGAGUCCCACAGAUUUACAGAAAUUAACGACUCCUCUGGAAAGCUCGAUUUCAGCCUGCUUUCUCCAUCCAAGAAGGAAUAUUGGGCUAUGCUGGCCUACAACCGCUCCAAGCUUUGCAACAUCCUGUUCUCCAACGAGCUGAACCGACGCCUGUCCCCCCACGGGGUGACAUCCAACGCACUCCACCCUGGAAAUAUGAUUUAUUCCUCCCUUCACCGUAACUGGUGGGUCUACACUCUGCUCUUCACCUUGGCUCGACCUUUCACCAAAUCCAUGGUAAGUGAAACUAUUUUGUGCGUCCUCAUUUUCUCAAAUCGGGGCAGAAAUGCUGUAAAAAUCCAGAAAUGUGUAUCUUACCUCUUUGCUUUACAACCAUGACCCUGAUUUUAAUGGCAAAACUCAUGGCAAGACAGUGCUUUGGAAGAGGAUUCUUCAACCACUUAAGAUUUACUUUGUCAAUCUUCUGUUAAGGAACCUUCUAGGAAGGAGUGCAUGACCUUGUUUGAAUAUAUGAUUUUCACUGUGAUUAAGUACAUCCUAUGUCUUAGGUGUGGGAUAGUUUAGAGUUAUUUCUCUGCUCAGGGUACGUAAAACAUCAAAAAAAUUGCUUUGGCUUUUAAGUGGAAUAUGUUGACUGCAUUUUUUAUGUAAACAGAUGCCCUAGUUAGAAAAGAUACUACAGACAUUAUUAAUGGCUGAGGGAAAGUGCUUUCAGUGGUAAAAGCACCUUCAUUCAUAUUUAAAAAAAAAGCAACAACCCAACAAUUUUCCUGAUUCUUGCAAAGUGCUGAAGACAAUGGGUGUUUUCCAUUUGCCUCCAUUGGAUUUUGGACUGGAACCAUGGCAUAAUGAGAGGCUUUGCAGUUCUUCCAUCACCAAGGUUAUGAGUCUUUAUUAUGUAAGAAUCUGCAGCACCUCCAGCACUUGGAGGGGUUACUCUUAUCCUCUGAGCCAAUUAUUUAUAAGGAGUCCAAAGUAUUUUUCAGGCAGAGAAUGGCACAUUGAGAACUGGCUUCCUUUAACCUUAUAGACUGUUCCUCAUUCCUUUUUCACUGACAAAGAAGGGUGUUCCCAAAAAGAUGAGCAGGGAGAAGGAGUCUCCUUUGAAUGUUUGCUUCUAUGAAUCAGGGAAAUGAUACCCCUGCAGAAUCUUAAUUUAUACUGUGAUAAUGUGUGUGGAAAACACAGGGUGUUUAAAAUUCUCAUUACACGUCCACAAAAGAAAAAUGCUGGCUCUUCAGUAAGACCUGUGGAGCAAAAAUACAAACACCCCAAUGUUCACCACGUGUCAGUCAGGAGAGCCCUCUCACCUCCAACCUCUGCCUGCAUUUUGCAGCCUGUACAUAUGCAAAGCCUUUUUAUGUCCACAAGAUUGAUAUGUGAGUGCUUUGGCACCUUGGGACAAGUAAUAAUAUCUUUCAACAGCACGUUUUUUUGACCAGGACCUAUAAAACCAUGUCUCUGCUGUGUUAGGGAUUGUUUGUAAAACAAAUUCUUGAAGUUCUCCUGAGAAUGUGUAAGUGAAUGUUAUCAAAAUCAUGUGAAAAUGAUCCAGUCUAUGGACAUUUAUGAAUUGUUUUAUUUACUCUGAUGUAUUUCCACAAAGGGAAUCUUUUGUGUUUGUUGCUCAGGGAAUCUCAUCCUCUAAGGAACAAAAUAAAACACUGAUGUUAAUCUUGAAUUCUUUAAAAGAAUUUAUAGAUUUUUAAAUAGUGUCUAUUAAUGGGUAUUAAAUAUAAGAGAAUUCAAAGUACAGGACAAAGAUAUCAGCUCUGAAUAACAGUGCACUCCAGUCCAACCCAAAUCCCUUCUGUUAAGUCCUUCAUAUUUGUAUUUCACUGAGGUUAUUUGAAUGUCAUGAUGGAGGGUAUGGGCUGAGGUUAAGCAUCAGCUUUACAGCUCUCAUUCUGAUAUGAAUUGUUCUGUUCCCCUGAACUCUACCAGUGUUUCAAUAGCCAGUAAAACUAGAAAAGUGCCCCUUCCUGGGCAUGCAAACAAGCUGAGCUGAAAUUCUCAACAUCAUCAGUGUAAGAGUUUCUAUUUUAAGGCUUGUAGGGGGCAAAUGAUUUGCUGCUGCUGCUUCAUUUUUAGGCAUUGUGCUGUUACCAACUUGGAAUAGGCUUGGUUGGGGAUCUUUUUCUGGGCUUCCUUUCCAUGUUCCUGUGGCAGCUCACCCUGGAGUUUAAAUGAGUGUUUUGGUCAGAAUGUUGGGAGUGAUCUCAAAGCUUUUACAGCUGCAGUCCCAAGGUGGUGAGCUGCUCAUUCCCGAGUUUUCCAAGGAUGCCUGCAUUGCACAAUGCAGCAUGAUGCAGCAGCAUUUUAAGUAGCUCCAGCUGAGCUGGGCCAGUCACUGGAAUUGAGAUUGGAGACAAGGUUGUGUGGAGAGAGGGGAGCUCUGCCAGCCCAGACAAGGAGCCACACAGAAAUGCCUGGGCCUGUUUUGGUCUCUGAGGCUGUAGUUUUAUCUGCUGCAGCAUUUUGGUGUGGGAAUAAGGCCAAUCCUUCCUAGAGCCAGUUUGAAACUAUAUAUAAUGUAUAUAUAUACUUUUUUUUACAUUUAUAUGUGUAUGUCUGUAUAUACACACACAAAGAAACUGCAGCUGCACAUACUUGAUGCUAAGGCCUUCUUUUAUUAUCAUGGUCCCCAGGAAGUAGUUUGAAGUAGAGCAAUGGAAACUGAAGAUAUUCCUUUCUUUUCCACCCAUCUCUUUAAGAAAUCUAAAAUCCACAAGGAUUUCUACAUAGAAAUUCAGAAGAAGCAUUUGUAGAAAGAAAUAGUUAAAAAUAAAUGACCAUUUUAUUAUUAGCUCUAACUCUAGUAAUGUCAAAAGGCCUCUUUUUUUACUUACCACUAAAUAGUUAGUAAGUUGGAGAUGCUUAGAUUAUAAUUAAAUAUCAACUAAGAGUGGCCACUGUAAAAAAGAAAUUGGAAGAGAAGCUCUGAAAGUAACUGUGUGGGCCAUGCAUAUAUUUAGCUGGUUUGAUCUAAAGCUCUAGGGUUUUUUUGUUUUUUUUUUUUUUUCCUUUCUACCUCUUUUACUCCCUUCUAUCUUGCCCUCUCUAAAAACUGACUCGAGAAAAAUUUGACUGAGUUGUUUUUUUUGUUUGUUUUAAAUAGAACUCAUCUGAUUUAUCAUUAUUUACAUACAAGACUAAAAUUAAAUAUAUUACUGUAAGGUUCGAGCUUACACUGAGUGUGGUAUCCAGUGUCACCCCAGGUGAUUUUCAGUGUCCAAGGGCAUAUAAAAUUAUAAGCAGAGUGCUAUUAUCACACAGUCUUACAUAGACCCAAAUAUUUUUGUUGGCAGGUAACAGAGCAGAAAGAAUAUCAUGUGUUAGAGUAGCAAGAGCUUAACAGAUGUUUCGGUGAGCUGUAUUUUCAAAUGCUUUCACAUUAAGAAAUGGCUGGGCUUUGGGGAAGUUCUGAGACUAUUGGGUUACAUUUCCUGUUGCAGUGCAAAGCCAGCUAUUGUGUUGGAAUUGUAGCAGAUGUGUCACCCCCUUUUAAUGAUUGGGAGUAAAACGUUGGUUCUGUUGCUGAGAUAUAAAUUAUAUUUAUAAAAGCUCAACUUGUCCCCCUUAGAAGCCAGUUAGAAGUAGUAGGACCAUUCUGCCCUUAGUUUUUCACUGUGUAAGAGACUGAUGCUUGAGGUGCUCUUUGAUUUCUCCCUUCUCCCCCAAAGAUAGUAACCUUCCAGAACUAGAUUUUGUAUUUGAAGUAUUGCUGUUGAGAAUAUAAGGAAUAUUUCUAAGAGCCCCAAAGUCUUCUGCAUGUCUAAUUUUUAUGUAAACCUAUGAAUUCUUGUCACAGGGAUGUUUUCCCAGGGGUGUUUGAGGCAGUAGCCCUGUAAUGAAGUGUUCAUGCAGGAAACCCCAGUGCCUACCAUGGCU